AUGUCUCUUCCACCAGAAGUAGUUUCGAUCUUGAUAGUUGGUUUCAAUGAGAUGAAUAUGAUAGAGCAGAAGGAGUGUAUUAGUGCCGGGAUGGGGUAUCUCCCAAGUGUUUCAUCCCUCAAUACACUGACUCUGAUUUUAUCGGAUGGGACUUCGACUCCUCGUCUGAUUACGACAACGUUAAAUUUACUUCGUCGAAUUCUUCCGUAUUUGAUUGAUUUUGAUUACGUUGCGCUUUACACGCAAAUUGUCAAUGCUAAAGUGAUUGAAGCGGAUUACACGCAACUUGUAGCGUACGAGAAGAUCAUGACGCUCAUCGUUCUCGCAGACAAAUUUGAGAACGACUUCCAAAUCAAAAUUUACUCAAAAGUCGUCGACUCGUACAACGACGUGUUGCGUAUGAUGCACGCGCCAAUCAACGAAUACCUCCUCGACCAUUUAAAACGGAAGUUUGCAAGUUCCUCGUCCGACAGUGUUUUUCAUUUCAUCGUCAAUUUGUUAAUGAACGGAAAAAUGAAAAUCACUUUAUUAAGAUUUUUGCUCCAAAACGUUAUGGAAAUCACAAGAGAGAAUUCUAUCGUCCUUUUCCCUCCUCUCUUCUCUCUCAUCACUUCUUUUAAUACAGAAAAGGACUUCAUCGCAGCGGAAUACGCUCAUCAGAUAUUAACUAAUUUGUUAAUUAAGUACAAAGAACAAACUAAAGCCGAAUUUCAGACGUAUCUCUUCCUAAUGUUCUCCACAAUCCUUACUCUGUUUGUUGCGUUAGUAGUUUUAUAA